UCCUGCUUAGGCUAAUCAACCUUACGUUGCUCUGAAUAAGAGCGUCUGCCAAAUACUAAUAAUGUAGUGUAAUGUAAUCCAUAAUGCUGGUAUCUCCUCAUAAUAAUCAAGAUGAAGAAAUAAAUACUUUCAAAAUUGCUAUUUUUAUGUUCAGCCGAGCCACUUCCAUAAUGCUGGAAUUGCCCCUAUGACAAGUUAAAGUGGGCGUUUGCUUCAUCCUUUCUCCAACGCAAAUUGAACUGUCAAUGACUUAAACCGAACUGAUCACAUGGUUCUACACAAAACAAGACCUCAUUUGUCAUCAGUCGGUGACUUUCUGAAAACUUUCUCAAAGCGGGGCUUUGGGGGAAAAUUACGUACUCGACACAUGCCUCUGAGCAUCAAUAUAAUUUGUAACAUCACUAGAGAUAGAACUUCUACAGACAAGGAAAUGGACAACAAAAAUGUGUUUAAUUUUGGAGAUAUAACUAAAUAUGGCUUCUUGUGAAAAAAAUACCACGUUUAACGUUCACUAUCUUAAAGGUAGAGAUUAAUGUUUUUUGAUAUGAAUUCUAAACGUCAAGUACUCCCAAGAUUCCAAAUAUCAAAUAAUUUCGGAGUUUGCGUGUAGAAUUAUAACCAUUUAAAGAUCGGAUUUUAACUCUUUAAACUGACUGUAAAGGUGAAUGGCUGCAAACUUCAUUGAAUGGCAUUAUGGUUCCAGCUAUUAUGGUACAGCGUCCGAAAGCACAAAGCAGCGUGUCACAUUUUCAGGAUUUCUAUUCCACGUCAUUGCCUGCCACCACACAAAAGAUUUAAGAAAUUAAAUAUGCAGCAAUUUCAGUUGUCAUGGAAUGGCCCUGCUGAAAAGUAGACAGCUGUAGAGGAUUAGAGCCUGCAGUCCCUUGAUUGACACCCCACCUCUGCCGGCAGUGGACUGGUCUGGCACUCCCACCUCACUCUUGUGUGGUUGCUCCGGCAACCUGUAGAACAAGGCGUGUGGUGGAAUUUGUCAGGUGUGGUUGUCACACUGCCAGUUCCGGCUCUACCUGUUCAUGAGUGUGACUAAACCGGUCCCAGGCUCCACGUCAGCACUGCACACUCUGACCGACAUCUACAUCACUAACACACCAAGGCUUAAAUCUGUAACACAGAUUCUUGGCUUACUAGUAGCUCUCUGACCUGCACCUGUCAGUUUUGUAUACUACUGUGUUUUUUGGAUUUUUCAUACUGUUCCAAAACUGGACCUUUUCCCAAGGAUCGCUGUGUUCUGACGUUCCUGCGUCCAACCCUUCUAUGUUGGUAGCGCGAGGCUCUGGGCAGACAGGCCAGAAUGAGUGGAUGACAUCCCUGCGCAUCUCGGUCGGGGGCCUUCCGGUGCUUUCCUCCAUGACCAGCGGCAUGGACUCGCGCUUCCGCCUCCGCUGGCGCGCCAUCGUAGCCGCCAUCGCCGUCUUCUCCAUCUUGCUCCUGUUCUACUGGAUGGCAACUAACUCCUGGUCCCGACCCCCCAUCCCUAUGGGCCUGGGCUGGCGGCCAGGCAAGGUUGGGGCGGGGGCGGUGCCAGAGGGGGUGACGCGCUACAACGACACCUACCCGCUGUCCCCUCCCGAGCACACGGUCCAGGGGCUCCGCUACCGCAUCGGCGUGAUCGCCGACCUCGACAAGGCCUCGCACGACCCCAAAGGCCGCACCUGGUUCAGCUACCUGCGGCGGGGACACCUGCUGGUGUCGGAGAGCGGAGACCAGGUCGCUGUGGAGUGGGACCUGGAGAGGACAAUGUUGGAGAGCCACCUGGCCGAAAAAGACCGGGGCAUGGAGCUGUCUGAGCUGGUGGCCUUCAACGGGCACCUGUACAGCGUGGACGAUCGCACGGGCGUGGUCUACCGCAUCGAGGGCAACAAGGCCGUGCCCUGGGUCAUCCUGCCCGACGGAGACGGCUCAGUCUCCAAAGGGUUCAAAGCGGAGUGGCUGGCGGUGAAGGACGAGCACCUGUACGUGGGCGGGCUGGGGAAGGAGUGGACCACCACCACGGGGGAGUUUGUCAACGACAACCCCGAGUGGGUGAAGGUGGUGGGUUUCCGUGGUGAUGUGAGGCACGAAAACUGGGUGCCCCAGUACACCUCCCUGCGGGAAGCGGCCGGGAUCAAGCCCCCAGGUUAUCUGAUCCACGAGUCGGCUGCAUGGAGUGACACUCUGCAGCGCUGGUUCUUCCUCCCGCGCCGGGCCAGCUCCCAGCGCUACGACGAGACGGCUGACGAGCGCCGGGGCACCAACCUGGUGCUCAGCUGCUCGCCCAACUUCCGCGACAUCGUGGUCAGCCAGGUGGGGCCGCUGGACCCCACCCACGGCUUCUCCUCCUUCAAGUUCGUCCCCAACACCGACGACCAGAUCGUCCUGGCCCUCAAGUCUGAGGAGGACGCGGGCAAGAUUGCCAGCUACAUCCUGGCCUUCACCCUGGACGGCCGCGUCCUACUCCCCGAGACCAAGAUUGGGGACGUGAAGUACGAGGGGCUGGAGUUCAUCUAGAGGGACGGAGGAGGGGUGUUUUGGGGGCACAAUCUUCGGUCCAGUUUUGCUUCCAAAUCAUCUUGUGACCCACUCUUCUCUUUUUAAGGGCAGAUGAAGGGCAGACUCCACCGCUCUCAGCCUCCAGUCUAGAGUUGUCCUCCUGCACACCCGGCUUCUGCGGUCUCUCAUUGCACUGUAAAAAAACUCUCCGCUGACGAAUGUAAAAAGAACAAAAACGUGAUUAAAAAACUGACCCACCCGGUCUGCCUCCAAAAUAACACACUGAACAUUGACCCAUAAAAAUAUCAUGUACUGUACUGUACUUCCAGAAACAACGAGACUAUCAAUUACAAGCUGUUGUCAUUUAUUGGUGAUUUUAUUUGAUUCUCUCCAUUUCUGAUACAUCGCAUCAUGAUUUAAAUGCAAAGUGUUUUUUUUUGUUUGUUUGGUUUAUUUUCCAGUAAAAAAUAUUCUUAAUGA